GCCCUGGCCGGGCAGCCCCCCCACAUUUCUCCUGCCCUGAAACACGGCUCUAGCCAACCUGCUCCGCUGCUUCACCUGCGACCGCCUGUGUGGGGGCUGCACAGCGCCGGCCCCUCCAGCCCGCCAGGGCAUCGUCCUCCAGCCCGUCAUGCCCAGCUGUGACCCUGGCCCGGGCCCUGCCUGCCUCCCCACCAAGACGUUCCGUAGCUACCUGCCCCGUUGCCACCGCACCUACAGCUGCGUCCACUGCCGAGCACACCUGGCCAAACACGAUGAGCUUAUUUCCAAGUCCUUCCAAGGGAGCCAUGGCCGAGCCUACCUGUUUAACUCCGUGGUCAACGUGGGUUGUGGGCCGGCAGAACAGCGCCUUCUGCUCACGGGGCUCCACUCGGUAGCUGAUAUUUUCUGUGAGAGCUGCAAAACCACACUGGGCUGGAAAUAUGAGCAAGCCUUUGAGACGAGCCAGAAGUACAAGGAGGGGAAGUACAUCAUUGAAAUGUCACACAUGGUGAAGGACAACGGCUGGGACUGAGGGGCUCAGGCAGGCAGUGCCCUUCCUCCGCAUGCCCCACCCUCCCAUGCCUGUCUCCUGGCCCUGACCAGCAGUCCGUACCAGCAUGAGUACUGCUCCACCCCUGGGGGGAUCCCGGCUCCCACCAACCCCUCCCGCCUCCACCUCAUCACUCCCAGGCCUCUUUGGAACAGGGGUCUGGGGUACUCCAGGGGUGUCCAAGGCUCAGGAGUGGGCAGCAGUCAGGAGAGAGGCAAAACUGGGGAAAGGGGUGGUUGUGGGUUCCUCCUAGGCCCAAGGUCCUAUAAAUGGAGGAGAUGGCAGGCCAUGUGUUAGGCAGAGGCCAGUAGGAGGAAUCUGCUUUUGCUCCACCUUUUCGAGUAAACGGAGGACAAAGCUUGAGUCAGGGGCUGGUACAUCCUGGGCCACAGAAUAUCAGAGAAAAAGCCUGGGUUGGGGUGAAGUUCGGGCCUCAUACACAGGGAGAAACCAGUCUCUGAGGGUGAAAGGGAAAAUUCUCAAAUCCCAGGCCCUGGGAAAUAAAGGAAUCACAGGGGUUUCCAUUUCACUCCACUUGUUUAUCUUGGCACUAAAAGAGGCACUUUCCAGUAUCUAACCUUUGCCACUUAGUGGGAUGGGGAGAGCUGCCUCUGGAGCAGCCCCCACCCCCAGCUGGCUGUUUCCGGAGCGAGCGGUCUCUACGGGCAUUCCCUGAGGCCCAGCUACUGCUCCCUGGGAGGGGAGGUGGGAAAUCAGUGCUACGGGGCCAGGCAUUCUCGUGGCUGCCACCAGCGAAUGAAACUUUUGUAUGAGACUUAAAGUGUUUGGGUUUAUUUUUAAUAAAAAGAGGAA